UCCUCCGCGCUCCUCACAUUUCUUCAAAAUCACGGACCUCCUGCUCGCCUCCGUCCCGACAAAACAUCCAGACACAAGCUUCAGCUCCGGCUUCCUCCUCCUCCUCCUCCUCUUCCUCCUCCUCUGAGGUUUUCGAGCGGAGCUGCUUUUUCACAAAAUGAUGUCGAGAGGUAUCAGUGUGGUCCUUCUGUUGGCCCUGGCUGUCUGUAACGCAGAGGAGGUGCAGAGCAAGAGCAAAGUGUGCGCCAAUGUGUUCUGUGGGGCCGGGAGAGAGUGUGCUGUCAACGAGAAGGGGGAGCCCAGCUGUCUGUGUAUAGAGAGCUGUAAGCCCCACAAGAGAUCUGUGUGUGGCAGCAACGGGAAGACGUACAGAAACCACUGUGAGCUCCACAGGGACGCCUGUCUGACCGGCCUGAAGAUCCAGGUCGCCCACGAUGGACACUGCCAGGAGAAGAAAACCGAGCAGAUUGCUGCCAGCCCAGUUGUUUGCUAUGCCGCUGAUCGCAACGAGCUGAGGGGUCGUGUGAUCCAGUGGCUGCAGACCGAGGUCGUCCCGGACGGCUGGUUCGUCAAGGGAUCCAACUUCUCUGACAUCCUGCUCAAAUACUUCAAGUCUUAUGAUAACGGUGACUCUCAGCUGGACUCCUCAGAGCUGCUCAAGUUCAUCCAGCAGAAUGACUCUGUCGUGGAGAUGCAGUCUUACGCAGACCAGGAGAGCAACAAGCUGCUCAGGAGCCUGUGCAUCGACGCCCUCAUCGAACUCUCUGACGAGAACGCUGACUGGAAGCUGAGCUUUGAUGAGUUCCUCAACUGCCUGAAGCCCGGCUUCAAUCCCCCAGAGAAGAAAUGUGCCUUGGAAGAUGAGACAUACGAGGACGGGGCGGAGACCCAGGUCGAGUGUAACCGCUGUGUUUGUGCCUGUGGUAACUGGGUCUGCACUGCUAUGACCUGCACUGACAAAACAGCAGCUGUGGAUGAGGCAGUCGAUGCUGGAGCAGAGAUGACUGAGGAGGAGUGGAACCUCAGAGUGGCCGAGCUCAACAAGCAUCAGGAAACCGUUGAGAAGAUGAAGACCAGCACAAAGGAGGCCUAAACAAGGAUGCAAUGAAGGAGAGGAUGCACAUCAUCACCCCUUUCUCCAUACUUGAUUUAACUUGCGGCCAUGUGUUGUUUUGAAACUGACUUUUUUUUCAUGUUUCUCUGCUAUGUUAAUUAUUACACUUUUUUUUUUUUUUUUUUUUUUUUACAACGUUUUUGUGUUUGUGUUAUUGUUUGUUAGAUUCAGGGGCAAUCGAAGAGUAUUAUUGGAUUCCCUCAUGUUCAGUACUGUCAUAUUUGAUUGUAUUACCGCGCCUCUACACUAGCCUUGGGGCUAUUUUUACUACAAUCCGUAUAUUUUUACAGUUAUUAUAAGAAAAAAAGGCAUUUUGUUUGUUGUUUUGGGGAUAAGAAAGUCGUUAUUUUGGAGGGUUGUUUGGUUAGGAGAGUGGAGAAAACAACUGUUAAAAUCAGGGGGGCUGUCGGAGAACUACUUGACACCUAGUGCAGCGUGUGUGGACUCUCAUCGGUUUCACAGUCAACAGGUCGGUUAAGGAUGAGAGAGUAAGGCUACUACAGAUUUGGUUUUGCUGCCGUCCAGAACUGCCACAGCAGGCCACUAUUUGAUUAAUGCACUUCUCUGCCUUCUCUCUUUGUCUUUCUUUUUCUUAAAUUUAUCAAUAUAUUUUUUUUUAAUCUUCCGGCUAAAGUUAAAAUUUUGCUUCAAGAAAUGUUUGCUUUUAUGUACAGUACGUUAUUGGCUUGAGUUGCAACUCAAUCUUGUUCACAUGUUAUGCUCAGGCAAGUCUCUGUGGUGCUUUUUUAACAUUUCUCUGUCGGUGGUCUCUGACAUUUUCUCAGACAAGAGACAUAGUGGUCCAUCUUUCAGUGCAGAGCCGCACAGCUGCACCUCGGUGAGACCUGAUCUGAAUAUAGCAUGGUGAAAACUGAAACCAAAGUCUUAUUGAAGUGUUUGAAUGUUGUACUAAAUUCUCCAGGUAAAACAUUACUCUGGACCCAGCAACAACACUAUACCUGUGCUUUCAAAAUCAUUCGAACAGAAGGACUAGCCUCACUGUCAGCUGUAGUAGCUUAGACGCAUCGAUAACUGGGUGCAUUUAAAUCGUGUGCAUGCGUGUGUGAAUGUGUGUGUGUGUGUGUGUGUGUGGUAUUGAUGCUAAGAGUAGUGGGGUUUGUUUAAAUGUGUUUAUUUGAUAAAAGCCUGUUCCUGAAUUGGGAGGUUUGACAAUACAAAUCAGUGCCUUAGACCUGCAAACCGUGUGUCUCUACCUUUGCCUCCACCGAGGCUAAAAUGCCGAUCGCCGGAGCAACAGAGUGAGUGUGCUUUGCUGAAGUUUAGCAGUGAACUAGUGCUUUGUGACUCUACCCCUGAUACAUGCCUGUGUGAAAGUUGCUUUACUAGGUUCAGGCUAAAAUCUUUAUAUUCCACUAAAUGUGCAGAGACUGUAAGGAAUACAUAUGUAUGCCAAUAAAGCCCAUAAACCACAACAUUA